AUCUACAGACGCGAAACUCGCGAAAUUUCAUAUACAGACGAACUUGUUUGUUAAUGGGAACUGUUUUUAGUCGUAGAUAGCUCUCGCUAUUGCCUGAGCAAGGCAAAUGUCAAAGUUCCAAGAGCUUAAGAGGGAGCUUAGUAUCCUGGAAAAAACCUUUGGCCCACGGCACGAGCAUUUCCGCGUUGAAGCCAACGGCUUGGACGAAGUGACGUGCCGAUUCCUCGCAACAAAUGGCGAACAUGUAGUCCACUGCAAUAUCUUUGAAUCCUAUCCUAACCCACCUCCGAUGUGGUUUGCUGAAAGCGAAGAUGCGAAAAUCGCGCAGAUACUCGAAUUCUUAAGUAGUAUUGAGCCUUCAGCACCCAAUUUGCUUCUUCGAUCAACAAAAUACUUGGCGAAGGAGUUGUAUAAAUGGCAAGACCUUCCUGUACCAUCGCACAUAGACAACCUUGAUCUUGUACAGCUCAUACACGAAGAUGUUGAGGUAAAGGAGUCAACAACAUCCCAAGAAGAUGAGGAAAGUGAGGAUGAAGGUUUAGAAGAGGGUCAUGAUGAUAGUGAGGAUUCUGAUAAUUAUGAAAUGGAAGAAGAUACAGAACAAGACUCUAACAAAGAGUUGCAGGAAAUUGGUGCAGCAAAUUAUGCAGUAUUGGAAAGGAUACGAGUGAAUAGAAGGGAAGACCACCUUAAGGGGACAGUGAGUGGAUCUAUCCAAGCUACUGACAGAUUAAUGAAAGAACUUCGAGAUGUUUAUAGAUCUGAGAGUUUCAAGACAGGAACAUAUUCUGUGUGCCUCAAUGAUGACAACUUAUAUGACUGGACAAUAAAAAUUAUAAGAGUUGACCCAGACAGUACAUUACACAAAGAUCUAAUGCAGCUUAGAGGGCAAGAGGGUACAGAUCAUGUGUCGCUAAACAUGACUUUUACAGACAAGUUUCCAUUUGAUCCCCCAUUUGUCAGAGUCAUUUAUCCAGUAUUAACAGCAGGUUAUGUACUCAGUGGGGGAGCUCUUUGCAUGGAACUGCUCACACCCCAGGGUUGGAGUAGUGCAUACACUGUUGAGGCUGUUAUAAUGCAAAUUGCUGCUACAUUAGUGAAAGGAAAAGCAAGAAUAAACUUCCAAGAAAACAAAAAGCCAGGGGUCUACAGUCUAGUUCGAGCUCAACAGUCUUUCAGGUCUUUGGUCCAGAUCCAUGAGAAAAAUGGUUGGUACACUCCACCUAAACACGAAGGAUGAAAGGCUUCAAUGUUUGUGAUUUAUCUUAUAGAAUACAUGAUGUCUUUUGAUGUCUGUCUACACACCAUAUUUUUAUGAAACCUCAGCCAAAUUAUAAUUAAUAUGUACAGUAGAAGUAAAGCGUUAUCAAAAUGGUAGUUGUGACAAUUAUGUCUUCUUUUUUCCUUUCUUACUUAAAUGAAGUUGUAUUCAACUUGUUCUGCAUGUGCAUGUCCUAUGGCAACUGAUUUACAUUACAUUAUUUAGUUCAUAAUGUGGAUCAAUUUAAUGUAAUGACAUGGAACUUAAAGGCAAGGCAUGAUGUUAAGCUGACAUUACAUGUGUGAAGCAGAUGCCAAUAAUUUGUUUCAUGUCCCCUCCUUUGUCAUACCUAAUGGUCUCUGAGGAGUGGUACAUCUACGUGUUUAUCCUCGAUGCCCACUGUCUCUGAGGAGUGGUACAUCUACGUGUUUAUCCUCGAUGCCCACUGUCUCUGAGGAGUGGUACAUGUACUUGCUUGUCCUCAAUGCCCACUGUCUCAGAGGAAGGGUGCAUUUAUGUGCAUAUCCUCAAUGCUCAGUGUCUGAGGAGUAGUGAAUGUACCUCUUUAUCCUCCAUAGUCAUGUACAUUGUUACUUAGUUGUAGAGUUUUGUUUCAAAAAAAUUCAUCGAAAGUCCAUGAAUUGCUAUGCAAUCAUACUUGUACAUGCCAUCUGCCUUACACAUCAGCAUCUCUGCAAUGCGCUGUUGUUUUGAUUGGAGUAGCAAUGAUUAGAAGAAGCCCAGCAUAGGUAAUUUCUUAACUUUAAAGAAAUCCAUAUAGAUUGUUGUAGUGAUAAUGUACUAGUUUGGGAAUUAUAGGUAAUUUGUUGAAGUUUAGCAUAAACUAUGUAGAAAAAAUACCCUGGUACUUUAUGUAUUACUUAAAGGGUUUUCCUUUCUAUUCUAUUCUUAUAACUAUUCAAAGCUGGGUUGUCAUUUUUUUCUUUGGUUAUGGUACCUUUACUGAAACUGCAGUCAAGGCAAAAAUGAUUCCACUAACGUGUACAUGGCAGGGUUUUUUUUUUCUUUGGGGACUGGUCUUUAGGGUACGUCAGUUAUUGUUCUUUCUUUCCUUUGGAAAUCGCACUGUUUUGAAAAAGUUUGCCAUUCAUCAAAAAUACACUAGGAAAAUGAAAUUCUCCAAAACACAUUCCAAGAGAGCCCCCCCCCUUUCAGGUCAGUGGGGCAGAUGUGGAGGUUAGUGAAAAAGGUUUUGUCUUUCUAAUGUUUUUCCCUAUUGCUACCGCACAUGUUUUGCGUGCAGCUGGGAGCAGUUGCAUGGUGCACGUGUAUUUAUAAAACAAGUACAUUCUCGUUUUGAUAGAAAAAUCAGAAUCGACUCCACGGUAGAGAAUACAAUGUGUAACUUAGAAUACAGCACUACAGUCUCCCAGCUUUUUGCAAAUGGAGAGAGAAGUGUUUUCUGUUAACCUAGAAAGCAGGAUAUGUAUACGCGUACACAGUGCUAGGAAAAGCAAACGGGGAGGAGGGGGGAGGUCUUGAGGGUCCAGUUAGAGGGAGCUGUAGUAAAAUUGUGGCUAGAGUGCAAAUCCCACUCCCUCCCCUUCCCAAUUCACCCUUGAGUAUUUUUCACUAAAAGUAGAUGGAGAGAUGGGAGAAUUUUGGUUGAUUUUGAAAUAUUUUCUUUAGAUUUCAGUUUCAUCUGUUGUCAUGGCAGUUGAUAAUUUUCGUAGUUCUGUUACUAGAAGUCUCUUCUAGAGCUUUGAAUUUGCUAGCUCUCCAGGUUGUUGGUUGCUGUUAGUCGUAUAGUAAGUAUUGUAUAUAGUGCCACCUUUGCUGGUGAAGAAUAAA